AUGGCUUCCGCUUCUGCCCGUUCUGCUAAAGGCAAGCAGCAAAAGGUGUCCAAGAAGUACAUCAUCAACGCUUCUCAACCCGCCAACGACAAGAUCUUCGAUGUCUCCGCUUUCGAGAAGUUCUUGCACGACAAGAUCAAGGUUGAGGGCCGUGUAGGCAACCUUGGCGAAGCUGUCCAGAUCUCCCAGGUCGGUGAUGGCAAGAUUGAGGUUAUCACUCACAUUCCUUUCUCCGGCCGAUACCUCAAGUACUUGACGAAGAAGUUCCUCAAGAAGCAACAGCUCCGUGACUGGCUCCGUGUUGUCUCCGCCUCCAAGGGUGUCUACGAGCUCCGAUUCUACAACAUCGUCCAGGACGAGGCCGAGGAGGAUGACGAGUAA